CAGAAGACCCCACAACGGCUCAGCUCAUUGUCCCACCAAUCAAGCCGCGCUCUUGGGGCGGCGGAUGGAUUGGUAGCAACAGCAAUUGAAGCCGUCCCAAACGCCAGCGAAAACGACACUGCCUUCCAUCUGCGCCGGCAGCAGAAGCCCCGCCGUCGCCCGCCCAUGCUGUUGCGACACCUCCUCGCCCCGGCCCUGCGCCGCCCGGCGCUUCCCAAGCCCGCCCUCCGCGCGGCAAUCCCGCUCAAGCCCGCCCAGCCCGCCGCCCUCAUCGCUGCAAGACGAACAUUUGCCACGACCGCACCACGCCCCGCGACGCUGAUGCAGGUCCUGAGGGGCUGCCGCAAGAAGCAAAAGGCGCGCGGCGCCACCUCGCCCGCCCUGACCAACAUGCGCGCCCCAGCCAUGAAGGGCGUCUGCCUCAAGGUCGGCGUCGUCCGCCCCAAGAAGCCCAACUCGGGCGAGCGCAAGACGGCCCGUAUCCGCCUGUCCAACGGCCAGCACGUGACGGCCUACAUCCCCGGCGAGGGUCACAACAUCCAGCAGCACUCAGUCGUCCUCAUCCGCGGCGGCAGGAAGCAGGACUGCCCCGGUGUCAGGUACCACUGCGUCCGCGGGGCCAUGGACUUGGGUGGCGUCACCAACCGCGUUACCAGCAGGAGUAAAUACGGGACCAAGAAGCCCAAGAAGGCAUCCGUGGGCUAGGGGUUUUCAGCUCUUCACUGUAACACACACCAUUGUAGAAUGAGAAUUAAAGCGAUCACGAAGACGCCACUUGGGCCCUUGCUCCCACCAGUCAAGACCGCAACCUGUUCGAAUCCCUUGUUAAUCCUAUCGCUGGGGAGGUAUCCACUGGUGUGUGUGUGUGUGGUGUAAUCCACGAGGCGUUGCCUGGAGAAAAAAACAAUAUUUGCAUAAUGGUUUAGUCCAGCGCACACCAAGUCCCCUUUGCUACUUUUGUCCUUCGUUGGUCUGUACCCUCCUGACGCCUCCCUCUCGCUUGUCCCAGUUUCCGCUAAAGUCCUGCCCUGUUGCUUUCAAGUGCGUGCAAGGGAAAGGUACCAGAUCUGCUGGCUUCUCCCUAACCAGUUGUGAAAAACAGCAAAAUUUAAAACCCGGAUAUCUCAGUCGUUGGAAUGAAAAGGGCUCUUAUGAGGAAUGAGGAUGGAAAAUGGGCAUAAGGAAAUUACAACUAGAAUCUAUCGUCUCAAUUUCAAUGGCGUGCCGUUGCCACACACACGCACCCCGGACCUUUC